AUGACCGUUCCUUUAUCUAAUACAAGGCUGAGGGCGCCUAAAGGCUUCCAGAAUCUACUGGAGGGCUUGUCACGAGAGGUCCUGCGAUUGCAGCCUAAGAAUGUGUAUUCAUUUGGACUACAAUACUUUGAAAAUGCAUUGCGAGCUCGAGACUCCGGUGGACGCGACCCUGCUAAACACGGGGCCAAGAUGGAAGAUGUCUUCUACAACAAUAACUCGUUUAAGGAACCGGUAACCGAUGUCUCUAAUCCUGAGCAUCAAACUGCUGCACUCACCAUCCAGACCAACUACCGUCAACAUGCCGCCGCGGAGAAGGUACAAGAUAUGCGUCAAGAAGAGGCGGCCGUGAAGAUUCAAGCUGGGAUACGAGGAUAUAUAGACAGGCAGAAAGUAAGAGAUAAGAACGCAACUAAACAACCGCAAGAUAAGUUGGAAGAACCAACAUUUACUAAAGACACAAAGGAAUCACUAAAUCAACAGGCUAAUGGGGGUAUCGACGAGGUAGACAUCGACCUGAACGACCCGGAUGUGGAAAAGGCCGCCGUUAAGAUACAAGCUGGCUUCAAGGGUUAUAAGGCCAGAAAGGCGGCUGGAACAGACCCACCUGCAAGUCAAGAACUAGAUCAAGAUGAAAACAUAGUAAAGGUAGAGCAAACUCUGAACUCGUCAGAACAAGUUAAAGGUGAUGAUGAUGUAGAAAAGAAUUAA